GCCUAGGCGUUCGAAAACAGCCAUGUUCCUUAUUUCCGCCUUAUCUUGGCUGGACAUGCUGCGAGGCUUCAGCGGUGCUGAAAAGCUGUCCUACUCCACCGAAGUACGAGAAUGUGUACGAGAUCACGGAAGUCUUAGUCUUCAUACACUCGUUGGCUGCCCGCCUGUGAUAUUCUUCAAAAUUGGGCAAGUUCUCGAAGCAGGUAAAGAUUACCUAGCGGGAGACCUGCCAGUUGAACAGUUUGAGCAAUUGCUUGACGGCGCUGAGAAGUUCUUCCGCGGCUGGGAUCCCGAUCAAGCCGUUUAUCCCACCAACCACCAAGAAUGGCGACACCUAGCCGAGGCAUACAGACACGCAUGCUUGCUCCGUGUGAUGAGGUUUCCCGACGCCUUUGCGAUCUCAUGCGAUGACCCUCAGAUCAAAGCCUCCGUCUCCGCGGUCCUCGAUGUCUGUGCUACAAUACCGAGAGACAGCGUGUUUUACAAACGUUUACUAUUUCCGCUGUUCCUGGCUGGAGCCGAUACAUGCUCUCCGCAUCAAAUACACUACGCAAGCUGGUGCAUCAACGAGAUCAAGCAUUCUACAGGCUUCCAGCACCCGGCCAUGACUGAUCUAUUGACCAAAGUCUGGGACGAGAGACGGACGAAUCCUCGAGGAUGGUCAAACGUUCCCUGGAUGGAAUUCACUUGUUCCGAGCUUCUUCGUUCUCAACAUGCAUACCUCUUCUUUUGA